UCUGAAAGUAAAAUGCGAGCCUAUCACUCAGAACAGUCACGUCUCUUUGAGAGCGAAGAGGGGAGACGCCAUGCGCAGGACGAGCUAUGAAGUAGUAAGACACUGAGCGAAGAUGGCGUAUAUACAGUUGGAACCAAUAAAUCAGGGGUUUCUGUCUAGAAUCUCAGAUUUCCUUCUGUGCAGAUGGACCUGCCGGAACUGUUGUCAGAAGUGUUAUGACUGUGGUUGCUGUCAGUCCAGUGAAGACGAGGUGGAAAUUUUAGGACCGUUUCCAGCGCAGACUCCGGCGUGGUUAUUAAACGAUCGUAACACUGUCCAAGAAGCAGAUGUCGAGAAUGCUAACAACAAUCCUCCACCAACUCCCCAAGGCAUCUCUCCUGACAGAAAGAGUUCCUCAGAUACAUCACGGUCCAGCUACAGCUUUACGAGGCGAAUUUCAAAUCUAGAGACCAUCAGGCGACCAAGCUCCCCACUAGUUGAUAUCAAACCUAUUGAGUUUUGGGCAAUAGGAUCUAAGAAAGAAAUAGUUCAACCAAAGGUAUUCCGAAAAGCCUAUGUGCCUGAGGAUUAUUUCCGCAAAUUUGAGCCUAGGCUUUACUCUGUUGAUUCAAGCAGUGAUGAUGUAGACUCUUUGACUGAUGAAGAGAUUCUGUCCAAAUAUCAACUUGGCAUGCUCCAUUUCAGCACCCAGUAUGAUCUCCUGCAUAACUACUUGAUAGUCCGAGUGAUCGAAGCCAGAGAUCUCCCUCCCCCAAUCUCGUACGAUGGCUCCAGACAAGAUAUGGCUCAUUCAAAUCCAUAUGUUAAGAUAUGUCUCUUACCAGAUCAGAAGAACUCAAGGCAAACGGGUGUUAAACGAAAAACCCAGAACCCAGUUUUUGAGGAGCGAUAUACAUUUGAAAUUCCAUUUUUAGAAGCUCAAAGAAGGACUCUCCUUUUAACAGUUGUUGACUUUGAUAAGUUUUCACGUCAUUGUGUCAUUGGAAAAGUUGCAAUGUCCUUAAAUGAAGUUGACCUUGUAAAAGGUGGACAUUGGUGGAAAGCACUCAUUCCAAGUUCUCAGAAUGAAGUCGAACUAGGAGAACUACUGAUCUCUCUUAAUUAUUUGCCAAGUGCAGGAAGACUUAAUGUGGAUAUUAUUAGGGCAAAGCAACUCCUUCAGACAGAUAUGAGCCAAGGAUCAGAUCCAUUUGUUAAAGUUCAACUGGUGCAUGGAUUAAAACUGGUAAAAACAAAAAAAACAUCUUGCAUGAAGGGCACCAUAGAUCCAUUCUACAAUGAAUCCUUUAGUUUUAAAGUUCCCUCAGAAGAAUUGGAAGAUAUCAGCUUAGUUUUUACAGUCUAUGGUCACAACAUGAAAAGCAGCAAUGAUUUCGUUGGCCGGAUUGUCAUUGGUCAGUACUCCACUGGUGCUCCAGAGUCCAGUCACUGGCGCCGCCUGCUGAAUGUGCACCGGACCUCUUCAGAGCAGUGGCAUAGCCUCCGCUCGCGUGCUGAGUGUGACCGUGUCUCCUCGGCCUCACUGGAAGUGACGUGAUGGAGUCCCUUCACCUACGGCCACCAAGCUGAAUCUUGUCUGUGUUGUCACCAACUGGAUGAAGAAAAUGCAGCAAAUGCUCGUUUAUCUCAACAAAGAAAAACACUUCCUGGACUUUGUCUCUGACUUGUGAUGUUAAAAACAAAACUCUGCGGCAUUAAACAAAUAUAUUAGUAAAUUAAUUUUGGAGCACCAACAAAAUGAUUCAUUCAGAAACAUAUAGUUAACGCGUUGUCACAUGUCACUAAGAGAAGAAAUAACUGAUUGAAGGUGAAUUUGGCUGUCCCUAUCAUACACUUAAAAAGAUCAGUGUGAGCUUCCUUGGUGUAAGUGGUGAAAUAGCUUAAAUUUGAAUUUUAUUGAUGGGGUUUGUGUUUGUGGAAGCCAUCAAUAUUUGAAGGAUUAGUUAUUAUAUGGAUAUGACUAUUAUCUGUAGUGCUGUAUGUCAUUCCACCAUGCUUAUCAAUAAUCAAAUUCUGCAAUCGAUAGAUUAUCGAUACAUUAGAUAGGUAUUUGAGCACAGUAUUGCUGUAAUGAUGAUCAGAGAUCCAUAGAACUGUUCCAUAAAUUGUGUAGAGCAGCUGUGAACAUUUGUAUCCCUAGUGUCAGGAUAUUUUGGUAGAAUGAUAUAUUGAUGCGACAUAUUAUACAGAUAGUCUCGUGUGAUUGGUAUACAGUAUUUGAGUCCUUAGCUAGAAUGAUGUAUGGCCGUAAUUCUAGUUACUCAGUCAGAAAGUUACCAGUAACAAGCUAUUGCCAUCUGUGUUUUAAUAGAUGCUUAUUCACAAUUUUAGAGCAUAUUGUUUUGGUUCAGAGUAUAUAUUCAAAUAAAGCAAAUGUAGAGGUGCCAUGCAUUUAUUUUGUCAAUGCAUUGCUGUUGGUUAAGAAAUUACUUGUGUCCAUUAUGAGCCAAAUGGAAAUAAUACACUGAUCGGAACGUCACAGAUACAUGUAUAGUGUUCAGGAAUGACAAAGUGCUUUCCUAUAUGAGUAUCACAGCUGUAAUAUACAUGGUCAGUGUAAGUUAUAAUGUACUUGCAUAUGAUGGGCUGUGAAUGAGUAUUAAUUAGAAGUAAACUUUACAUUGCCAAUAUAUUCUUUUGAAAUUAGUGAAGAAGUACUUUAACACAUAUCUAUUAAUAUAAAGAGUAAAUGAUUAACUAAUCAGAUAAAUAAGAUUUUAAUUUAAAGUGUAACAGUAGAGAAUAAUUUAAAAAUGUACAGAUCCAAAUGUGAUCAUCUUUAGUGAUUACGUUCUGGAAUGUAAUAUUGUGGCCCUUCUUUAAAAGUGUGCCUAUUUGUACAUGCAUAUGUGUUUAACAAAACAGCUGUAAUAUUCCAUCUAAUUAUAAAUUAAACCUGAUCCUGUACUAAAUGAAUAGAGAAA